GAAUCAAAUCCAGAGAAAUUGGAAGAAAGAUAGGAGACCAUUUCACAAUUCUCCUAUCAAGCAUAGAACAGAACCUAGACCCCAAUACCAUCAGUCCUAUAGGGAUGCUCUAUUAUCCCGGAAGACCCCUAGAAAAUAUUCCACUAAUGACUGGACAUACAACAGACCACCACAGAACAGGCAACAACGAGUCACAUAUAACCAACACCAUCAACGAUAUGAACACAGAAAGACAGAGUAUGAACACAGAAACACAGAGUAUCGAGAUCAAGGAAGAUACCAACAUUAUCCAAGACAGACCUCCUUUGUAUCUAGAAGUGGAAAAUCGUCUGACUUUAAGGAAACAUCAUCCCCAAGCCCUAGAAUUCUUCCCCCAGAUCACAGAAAGACUAACUUGGAGAAUAAUCAAAGACAUAUCUCCA